AUGGUGCACCACAUCCACAUUGCCGUCCUGGACGUCGACAUUCCAGCCCGUCAACUGUAUGAAGCCCGAGGACUAUGCAGCGCCCACUUCCGCGCCGUGCUCCGCGAAACCGCAGCACGUCUGAACGAAACCCUUUUCUCAGAGAAAGAGCAGCUCGACGUGAAAAUCACCCCCUACGAUAUCCGCGGCGGCCACUACCCAGACCUGUAUAAGUUGCGCGGCCAUGCCGACUCCACCAUCCCUGUGGCCUACCCCGUGGACGCAGUCCUGAUCACCGGUGGUUCGCCAGGCGUAUACGAAAUGGACCGAUCACCCUGGAUGCAGGAGUUGAAGGCCUUUGUGCGCACUGUGUACAGUCAAUACCCGCAAGUGAGAAUCCUGGGCACCUGUUUCGGACACCAGUUGAUUUCGCACGCGAUUGUGCGCAACAAGGAGGAUGCUGAGCGCGACGUCUGGGUUGAGAAGUGCCCACUUGGUCGCGAGGUCGGAAUUCAUAAUGUUCAAUUAAAUAAGGGCUUCUUGGAUGCUUUCCCUGCUGCCUUGGGUCACUUGCCAGAUGGCAAGUUGCGCAUUCAGAUGUUCCAUGGGGAUCGCGUUAUGGCUGUUGAGAAGGGGACUCCUGUUACUGUUACCGAGUCGCCUCCUGUCUCGCUGCCUGCCCCUUGGAUUAAUAUUGGAAGUACCCAGAUCUGUCCCAUCCAGGGACUGUACCACCCUGGUCGUGUCCUCACUGUGCAGGGCCACUAUGAGAUGGAUGCCUUCGGGUUGACCAAGAUGUGUCUGGAGGCUGCGCCUGUGAUGGGCUGGAAGGAGUCCAAGUUGGCUUUGUUCUUGGAGCAGGUUGGCGAUGAUUUGAAGGAGGACCAGUGCGACCGCAAGGCCUUUGCUUCUGCUGUGGUGUCCUUCCUGGCUGGUUUCGAGCAAUGA